UGCGCAAUACAGUUAACGAAGGUCAGCAUUCAUGAGCCUCGCGAAUGGUAGGACCCGAUCGUGGAUACCGGAAGCUUUGGGUUAUCCGGCGGAGAACUUGCGGUGCGGGCUUGGCGUCGAACAUGCACCUUUGACCCGUCGACUACUUAAGGCUUAGCGAGGCCAAUAACCGCUUGUGCACCUCGAGACAAUAGCCCGUCGUUCAUUGAACCUUGCAAACAAGUCCCGGUAAUCGUUGGCGCACCUACGUGACGUUUGUACAACGACAGCUACACAAUGCCUAAUAUCAUCGUUAUUGGAGCAGGAGUCUCCGGGCUGACAUCAGCGUAUCUCCUAUCCAAGGAUCAAAGCAAUAAGAUCGCUGUUGUAGCAAAGCAUAUGCCAGGCGACCACGACAUUGAAUAUGCAUCACCAUGGGCUGGCGCAAACUUCAUGCCGAUGUCCUCAUCAUCAGAUAGUCAAUAUGAACGCAAAACAUGGCCCCAACUCAAGCGGUUAGCGACAGAUGUACCAGAAGCAGGCAUCCAUCUUCAGAAAUGUCGAAUCUAUCGCCGACGAAAAGACAUGGAUAAGCUAAGAAGUAGUGGCGGCACAACUUUUAGCAACGUGUUUGCUGAGAACCCCUGGUGGCGCGAACUGGUGGACGACUACCGAGAUCUCCCUAUCUCCGAGAUGCCAUCAGGAAUGGCAUCAGGCUGUGAAUUCGGCUCUGUAUGCAUCAACCCGGCGCUUUAUCUCCCAUGGCUAGUGGGCCAAUGUCGCGCAAACGGAGUGGUGUUUCAUCGAAAAGUUUUAACACAUGUAUCUGAAUUACGAUCCAUUGGUGUUGAUGGUUUCAGUCCCGAUAUCGUUGUCAAUGCGACAGGACUAUCAUCUGCCAAGCUAGGAGGUGUCGAGGAUAAAAGUUGUUACCCCAUCCGCGGGCAAGUGGUCGUAGUGAGAAACGUGGCCCCAGCGAUGAUAUGCGUUUCUGGAACGGAUGACGGCGACGAUCAGGCAUGUUAUAUGAUGACACGAGCUGUUGGUGGAGGAACAAUCCUAGGAGGCACGAUGCAGAAUGGAAACUGGGAGAGCCAACCGGAUCUCAACACCGCCAGUCGCAUCAUGAAGAGAGCUGUGAGUAUGUCCCCUGAGCUGACAGAUGGCCAAGGGCCGGAACAUCUUGAUGUUAUUAGACAUGGCGUUGGGUUAAGACCUGGAAGGGAAUCUGGCGUCAGAAUCGAGAGGGAGAAAAUGGAUGGAAUCUGGGUCAUACACAAUUAUGGACACGCUGGGUGGGGCUAUCAGGGGUCGUACGGAUGCGCUGAGAAGGUUGUUGCUCUGGUUAACGAGAUCGUGCCGCAAGCUAAACUAUGAAUGUGAGUAACAGUGGAAGAAGAAUAUGAAUGGUUCAACUCGAUGUCCAGAAUAGAACAUGGAGGGCUCUCGAUACACAUGUGUGAACCCCUGGUACACUUAGAGAACUACUGCUGAGACAGCU